AUAACUACGCUCGCUCUUAAUAGCCGAGAGUCGAGAACUUCUUUUGAUGGCGGGUUCAUCAUGUUUUCAUGGAAAAUUUGCUCGCUAAAAUGCAGUAAAUUUCAAUUGCUUCUUACAAGUACUAUUCUCGUCGCUAUCUUUUUAGACACCACCACUUCCUCGUGGCAAUCAUGGUCUCACUGGGGAGAAUGUAGUCAGAAAUGCAAUGAAGGACAACAAAGUCGGAAUCGCACAUGCGGUACUGCAACUAACUGCACCGGGAAUUCUUUCCAGCAGCGGCCUUGUAAUACGCAACAUUGCCAAGAAAAUUGUUAUAAAGCCCUUGAUGCAAACAAGAACGAAAUUUGCUGCUUUCUCCCAAACACUGUUUUCAGCGACUUGGCUGUCUCAUAUUAUAACUCAUGCAUUGUUGGCAGUGACUGCAACUUUGUUUGUCCAUUGGACAAGAACGCCACAAAAUUUGGAAGUUGUGUCAAUACAACCAUCUAUCGUCCGUGGAGUCAGUGGAGUAAUUGCAGUCAUAACUGUUUUACUGGCAAGCAGAACCGCUCUCGACAAAAAAUAACUACGAACUACUAUAGGCACAUAACGGAGAAUCAUGAAAUUGAGGUGGCUUAUCGAUCUUGUAACAUACAUCCUUGCCCUGAACCACAUCCAAUCUUGGCAAAAGAAUUGCUGUCGAGCAAUAUAACCAGCUGUUACUUUGAUUCUACUCAUACUUCAUGCUUUCUGAACAGUACAGGCUCCUAUUUGUGUCAUUUGGACAGAUAUAAUGAGCGUAUAGGCGUCUGUGAACCUAUCAAUGGUAAUUACUCAUCUUGGGAGCCGUGGUCAAAUUGUAAUCAGACAUGUUUUACUGGCAUGAGACAGAGAAAAAGGGUUUGUGACUCACCCCCUGCACAAUAUCAUGGAGUUUGCUUUGGUAAUGAUACUGAAAAGGAAUUUUGCAACAAUCAGUCUUGCUAUGAUUUGGCAUCUGAGAAUUGCACAAAAGCAAUCAAUGCAUCAGGACAGACAACAUGUUGUAUGUUGAAUAUGACAAUGCACAAUGGGUAUUAUUUUAGCGAAUGCCUUCUCAAUGCGACAGAGUUCCAGUGCCCUCUUGACCGUUAUGGACUCAAUUUUGGGAAAUGCGAGCCGAUUAAUGGAAACUUCACGGAAUGGGGAGCAUGGUCUAAUUGUUCAGAUAGAUGUUUUACAGGCAGUAGGCAUCGCAUUAGAAAUUGUACUAAUCCCCUUCCAAAGUACUUCGGAGUAUGCAUUGGGGAAAAUAACGGAACAGAGCUUUGCAACGAACACCCUUGUUACGACCGAAGGAAUUGCACAAAUGCAACUCUGAAUAAUGAGGUACACUGUUGUGCCUUUGGUGUUCCUGUUUAUACCGACAUCGGCAAUGAAGCAGUGUAUAAGUACCAAUGUGACCUCAAAGGGGGCAAUUGGACUUGUCCUCUUGACAGAGGCAACCGAAAACAAGGAAUUUGUCUUCCAAUCAACAAAACGUUGGGUGAAUGGUUCAAAUCUGGAAAGUGCCAAAAGAAAGGAACUUGUAAGGUGCAGGAACAGAAAUACGAAAGAGAGUGUAUAGACGGCUUGUACGGAGGAACAAAAUGCACUGUCGCGGACGUGGAAGAGUACAGAAACUGCACUAUGGAUUACUGUCCGCCAGACACAUAUUGGAGCAAUUGGUCUCUUCCAUCUGCGUGCAGCAAAACAUGUGGCAUUGGUUUGGAGGAGUAUAGAAGAUCUUGCUUCAAUGAGAAAAAUAUGCAAGUUGCAGACAGUGAAUGCCCUGGAGAGGCAGUCAAAUACGAGAACUGCAGUCGCAGACCCUGCCCAGGCUUUAUUCUUGGCCGGCCUGGGCAGAACUGCACGGCUGCGUGUCGUGAAAAAGGCCUUGUCUGCUACUGGUACAACAACAACGACGAUGAUCACAGAGACUACAGAAAACAUUUUGCCACCGUCGGAAUCACGUGUCAAACGACAACGACGCCUUUGCAGCCGUGGAAGUACAGCUGGCACCCAGCGUACUCCAACGAAAAGAAAUUAUGUUUAGGCUUCACGGAUGUUGGCAGUAGUGUAUGUGAAAGCCAUGAAAAUCUGAAUAGCACAAUAAAUAGGCUUUGUCACUGCAUUUUUGCAGAGGAUUUAGUAUACAGUGAGUGGUCGGCGUGGAGCACUUGCUCUAAGGCCUGUGGCAGUGCCUAUAAGGAAAGGCAAAGACGCUGCGUUAUAACAAACACAUCGAAGUGCAACGAGAAUGCUUUGACACAGAAUACCACUUGCAACUUACCCACGUGCCCAGAUGACCUUGGAUUUACAUCUUGGACACCUUGGUCUCCUUGCUCAAGUGAAUGCAAUUUUGGAUUUACAAGACGAAGCAGAACAUGCAAUGAUCAGGCAUUGUGUUUUGGGCACUCAUUAGAGUCUAAGAUGUGCAAUACUGUCCCUUGUAAAGUUCAUGGAGGAUGGACCGACUGGGGAACCUUCUCUGCUUGCAGCAAAAGCUGUGGUAAUGGUACCACUACAAGAUACAGAUCGUGCACCAACCCUGCACCUUCACAUGGCGGGAACGACUGCAAUUGGACCAUAGCAGGGGACAAUGAAACUCGACCCUGCAACACAUUUCAUUGUUCAGGAGUCUAUCUAUCCAGUCCUGGCAUUCAGUGCAAUGAUACCUGUCGAUGGAAACAGCUUACUUGCUAUCCUUUCUUCGAAACAAACAACAGAACAGACAUCUUUACUGCCCGAGGCCUAGAGUGUAAUGAUAUCAACAAUGCUGUAUGGAAAAGAGAUUAUGAUCCGAGUUACGUAAAGACUGGUCAAAAAUGCCAGGGUUUUAAACAGGUUCCUAGUCAGCUGACGUGUGAAGACAUAAAAGAUAUUCCUUCUGGCGUCUCUAGAAUGUGCAACUGUCAGAACGAAAGUGACAUAGGGUACAGCGCCUGGUCAAAUUGGGGAGAAUGUACAGCAACCUGUGGUGUUGGCACAAAAUCAAGAUACAGAACCUGUAAGAAGCAAUGUCUUGGUCAAAAUAUUGACACAACGUCUUGUUUCACCAAGCACUGUCCAGUCAAUGGUGGCUGGACUGAAUUCACUGACUGGUCGCAAUGCAACGUAACCUGCGGAGGAGGAAUGAGGUUUCGCUACCGUUACUGCACAAACCCCGAACCUCGCUACGGUGGAAUGGACUGCGAUGGGAAACGUUUUGCCUCUGAGGGUUGCAGUUUUCAGAUUUGUCCAGUUCACGGAAUGUGGGGUGAGUGGGGGAGAUGGUCACUUUGUAACAGACCAUGCAACAAUGGGACAGAGGAGAAGAUCAGGUUUUGUGACAAUCCAAAGCCACAGUACAACGGCACAUACUGCAUCGGGGAACGGAAAAGAGAGAGAGCUUGCAAUUCACAUCCAUGCAAACCUGUCAGUUUAGGGGUUAUGAUCAAGUUUACUAACGAAACAUUCACUGAAGAUCUUCGGAAUAAAUCUACACCUGCCUAUGGUCAGCUGCAAAGAAAGAUAGCCGACAAUGUAAACAAGCUUUAUCCGGAGAAUGAGAACCACGUGCUUGAUGUUGAAGUUCACUUUUUCAGGCCCGGGAGCGUAAUUGCAAACUUCACAAUCAACUACACUGAAAUAACCCGUCUUGAACUUGUGACGCUGCUUACGUCAUUACAGGAGAACAGAAUUCUAACCACAAUGCCUCUUUCGGAGUUUCAGAUCAAAACUGACCAAAUUCCAAAGCCGCCAGGAACUGUCAACUGCACUGCAAUCAGUGAGUCAGUGAUUUUCAUCGAGCUGUCUGAUUUCAGUGAGACAAUCACAUCAUUUUCAAUCACUGGUUACAGUAUCACGUAUCGAAAGACCAGGGAGACAAGCGAAUCUGCUUGGAAAUCGCUUGUUGUCACCAACACGACCACGCAGGCAAAUUUGACUCGCCUAGAACCGUUCACCCUCUACACGAUAAGGGUGACUGCAGUAACAAUUGAUGCACUUGGUAUCCCCAGCAGCCUAACUGAUGUUAGUACAAUGGAGGGUGCACCCUCCAGUCCGCCAAACAACAUUCAGUGCAAAGUAACAUCUGCCAAAAGUAUAUACUGUGAAUGGACUGCAGUUCCAUACGCGUCUCAGAAUGGCCUCGUCACACAUUACACAGUUCUUUAUCGAGUGUACAAUAAGCCAGGCAAUUUAAUCGAAAGUGGGAAAGCUUGGACAACUUUGAAGAUUCCAUCUACUACAACAUAUGCUGAUAUUAAAGAUUUAAAGCCUUAUACAAGGUACGAGCUGAAGAUUAGCGCGGCAACAAAAGCAGGAGAAGGCCCAUUCCAGUGGAAGACUUUGCAGACCGACGAAGAUGUGCCUUCAUCAGCGCCUUUGAAAGUACGAGGAGAAGGACGAAUAUCCGAAGCGUACGUUGAUUUCUUUUGGGAAGAUCUCCCCGCUGAUUCUUGGAACGGCAAGCCUUUGUCUCUGAAGUUGAUGUACUCGGUGACCAGAAAAGGUUCGCAAGCAGUAUUAGGCGGGGCAAAAACGGUAGUGCGCCUGGGCAGCGAUAGAAGACGGUACCGAGUAACUGGCCUCGAAGCCAACUGGGAAGUGACGAUGACGAUUCAGGGUGUCACGUCGGCUGGCGAUGGAGUCAAAAGUCCGGACACAGUUGCAGAAACCUGUCUCUGUAACAAACACCUCUACGCUACCUGGUAUGUCAAAAACCCGUACGUUUUCGUUCAAGCAGAGUCCGUGGCCGGAAUUUUGCCGGAAUUUUUUCCAGCCAUGAUUUCAACCAUAUGCGGAACGUGUGCAGCGUACAGCAAAUCGAUCGUGCAUUUCGAUCGAACGAGAAACGGACAGACAUCUAAACGGACGUCAGAAAAAGAUCUCAAAGAAAGGAUCUCAGACAAUGCCAACUUUCAUGGGCCCGUCAGCGGCAAGAAAUAUGUGACAGUUUUUGAGGGAGAGUACCAGUAUGUCAAUUUGAUAGACGGCACUGUGUCAGCCUUUGUCGUCGUUGAUCCGGCCAAGAUGUCAAAGUCAAGCAAAAUAACAGCAUCGAUUUUACAAUGUUGGCCCAUCUUGGUUGUUACAUUUUUGAUGACUGUGUUGGCUGGCAUUCUCAUCUGGAUGGCGGAUCAAUUUGCCAAUCCUGAAGAAAUGCCAACUGGUCGGUUCCUUUAUGGAACAUUUCAAGGGUUUUGGUGGGCUUUUGUAUCCAUGACAACUGUAGGGUAUGGCGAUAUUUCUCCCCGAGGCGAGAUUGCUCGAAGCAUUGCUAUCACGUGGACCGUUGUUGGCCUCGUUGUCAAUGGAAUCCUUGUGAGCUCGCUAUCUACCGCACUUACUGUUAUUUCAGUAUCUGAACAGACGCUGCUGUAUGGUGCAAACGUGUCAGCUGUUCACAAGAGUCCAGAGUAUUACCUUGGUGCCAGGAGAAAUGCAAACAUGAAUUCUACCGGCAAAUUGUACAAUACAUCUAUGCAAGCACUCAAUGCACUCAUAAGAAGAGAGGUACAAGGUGCUCUCCUUGAGUUCAACGAAGCAGCUAACCUGGAAAGUACAAUAUCUUCAAACGGGUUGAAGAUCUCAAAAACAUUCCAAUCAACUUCGGGUAUCGGAUUCGUAUUGUCAGGAGCGAUUGCCAGUUUUCAUACCCAAAUUCGAUCAUAUGUUGCAGUCAAUUACAAUCUUAUACAAAGUUUGGUAAAAAAUUUCACCAAGGAGGUGGAGAUUCCUGUGGUGACCAAGAGCAAUGGCGGGGUCAGCGGCCUUUUUGAUGAAGAUUCAACUGAAUUCAGAGUUCUUUUGCAGCAACUUCUUGUUACGUUUGCAAUAGUAAUGAUCCUGGGCAUGGCAUGGAACUACCUGAUCCGACUCUAUUUCCUCAGACGCAACCGGGUCUUUCCUAAAAAGACAGCUAACGAAAUAUUAAAAGAAAGCUACGAUCAAAAAAGUGGUGAAAUGUUGAAGAUUGUAGACAAUUUUAUGUCUAAUUUUGAAACAGUGGAGAAACUUAGUGAGAAGCAGGGCAUUGAUCGCUUUCGAUUACUGCACAAGCAUUUUGGGACACUUCCUUUCGGCCUACCCAUGUGGAUAAAAUAUGGCACUACAGAUGAUCGUUAUAUUCUUGGGAGAAUAAAAGUAGAAGAGGCUUUCUUAGAGAAUCUAAAUAGAAAAAAGAAUAAAAGAAAGAAAAACAGUUUGAAACUGGUCGAUGUCAUGGCAGAAGACACCUCGGCCUAAGCAUUUUUAAAACUGUUCGAAGUGUAAUAGUGAUAGAAAUUCUCGAGCUAUCUUUUCAAGUGUUAGAAAACAGAUCUUAUGAAGCGUUUCCCGACACCAAUUUAUUUUAAUGUUCCUUUUUAGCCACGUAAUAUAAGCAACUUCCCAACUAUAAUAUAGUUCCUAAAAAGGAAAGAUUGAUCCAUUUCCUCUAGAUGUUAGCUCCUUGUUUCUUGUAACAGAACGCGCUUAGAAGUUUUAAGCAAAGCUUUACAAGUGAAGUUUCAACCUAACGCUUAAUGUCCGCAGAAAAAUGGCAAGAUUAUACCAUAAACUCCAAUAUGACUUGGUUAAGAGUUAUCCUAAACUUCAUUUUCUGUUCUAUCAUAACAAAGAUCACAAUGAAGUAAUACAGUCGGAUUUUUGCUAACAUAUUAUGUGAACAAACAGCAGUAGUAGCAAGCUCAAAUUGCUACUCAUAAAGCCUGAGAGCCAUAAAUUCAUAUAUUUUACACGCUUACUUGUUCUACGUCGUUGCCUCUUACUGUUGUCUCAAACUGCAAUAAGGUAAAUCAAUAAAUCAGGUAAUCUCACUGUCAUCAGCCAUUUUUAAAGAAGUCUUUAGGCCAAACACGUAUGAAAACUGCAUCAAUUACCAAGUGCCCAUAGCGUAGCAAAGUGUCUUUAGGAUUGUUUUGACCUGAUCAGAUGACAGAGUUCAGGUGGCCUUUGACCUGCUCGAAUGCUAGUGUGUUGAAAUCAAAGGUGGCAUUGGCUAGGAAAUUCUUUGUACAUAUUUUGUCGGACCCUGUGUCUUGGCCGUGCGAGUCGUUAUGUCGAUUUGAUUAUGUCUUCCAUAGAAAAUAAAAAGAAAAGACAAAAAUGUCUAUUACAUGUUUGUUGCUCGUUGCAAUAUCUUAGAAAUGAUGUAAAUAUAUAUAGUUAUAUUUAAUUUUAUAUAUAGUUUAUGAAGCUUGUAUCAUACCAGUUCUAAACUGACUAGUGCGCUUUAUUAGAUUCGGUGACGGAUAAAUGAUUUAUUUUGUCAUUUCUUGUAUUAUUGACAUGAAACAACAUUUAAUGGACUUGUUGUUCUCGUAGGCUUUGUCGAUACGAGGUGUCUUAAAUAAACUUGUCGAUACGAAGUCGCAAAUAAACUUAAUUGACUAACUUUGCACUUCAUCUAGUAACAAAAUGUUAUAUAUACGAUAACCCUGCUUGUUCUUUGCAUUUCAACUGCUCUGUAGUUCAACCAGCCAAGGAUUCUCAAGUUCUCAUUUUUUUCACAUCGAAACUCACCCUUGGCAGCAUCAGGAAAAUUCUACGUUUUUUCAUAUUCUUCUAUAACCUUCAUUACAGGUUCAACAACCGAAAAAGGAAAUAGCACGAACCUUUCUCCUCCAGGUAGCAUGAUGCAGCCUGAACCGUGCAAGUUUUCAUUACCUGUUUCUCGCGUAUUGUGCAAGAAAGUGCUAUUUUUCAACAUAUAGCGAAUUUGCAAUCUGUUUUGCGCCGUAUAAUGGUUGACAUCGGACCAGGGACUCCUAUUUUGUUGAAAAGUUUUAGUGAAGUUCACUUGUAUUUUGAAACGUUUGCAAGGCAAGAUAGUCGUCUACAUUCUAUUUGGAUAAACACAGCUAUGUUUUUGUUGUAUUUUCGGUUUAGAUUUUUAUCACAGAGAAAAUCAUUUGUGUUAAAAAUCAUUUUUUUACUUACACAUGUAAAAGUAAAUUUUUCCACAUAUUUUUAGUGUUCAUCGGAACAUCGAUCGAUGAUUGACUAAAAUGUCCAUUAAACGACAAACGUGCUGUUUCAACCAGUGCGAUCUUAUUUUACGUGCAGAGGACACGGAGCCAGAGAGAUGCAAACUGUUUGUGCAGUGUGUAACGUGAUUUCUACUGACUGAUUAUAAUUUACAAAAGUGCGUAUUGAUAUAGAAAACUGGCAAACUUAAUUAAGAGUUAUACAAAGGAAAGGAUAUGCUCGAUGGUUAACAAUGGUGUGAUAGAUUAGGUUAAAAUGACGUGUAAUUAACAUAGAUAAUGACGAAUAUAGAAUUACGUAGGUAUGCAGAAGAAGCAAUGAUGGAUUGUAUAAAAUGGCCUAAAUUGAAUCACUACAAUAGCCCCCUCCCUAGAAUGCAAGCGAGUGUGAAGCAUUCGAUACGUAGGGAGAAAAGCGAGAAAAAAAAAUGCAAUGACGAGAACGAAUUAAGUUUUAGAGUUCGAAAUUAAAUGUUCAUUUUUGGUGUGCAUGUUACUUGCCAGCUCUUGUGGUGUGAAUUGACAUCUUGCAGAAUUUGUGCGGAGAGUGGUGCUUGCUGUGCCGAGGUUUUUGGCGUAGGAUGACCAGGAACCCUGAAAUGUGCAUCUCUGGUUUUAUGUGUAGGAUGACCAGGAACCUGCGAUGGAUUGGAGGCGUAUGUGUGAGCAAAGAACGAAAUGCCUUGUUGCUGCCGUAGAUGGGUGAGGCGUGUGAGACAAUGUCCGAUGCUGUUUGCUGCCUUGAUGCGAAUGGUGUAGCGUAGCACUACGGUGAGUCGAGCGCUGCUGUGUUCGCUUGUUGCGAGUUGGCACUACGGUGAUUCGAGUUCUGCUUGAUGAUGGUGCAUGUGCAUUGUGGUGCGUUGAAAACAGCGUCGUAGAAUGUGCGUGUCGAAGCAACCGCGGUCACGUCGUGGUCACCAAUUUAGUGUUCAUCGGAACAUCGAUCGAUGAUUGACUAAAAUGUCCAUUAAACGACAAACGUGCUGUUUCAACCAGUGCGAUCUUAUUUUACGUGCAGAGGACACGGAGCCAGAGAGAUGCAAACUGUUUGUGCAGUGUGUAACGUGAUUUCUACUGACUGAUUAUAAUUUACAAAAGUGCGUAUUGAUAUAGAAAACUGGCAAACUUAAUUAAGAGUUAUACAAAGGAAAGGAUAUGCUCGAUGGUUAACAAUGGUGUGAUAGAUUAGGUUAAAAUGACGUGUAAUUAACAUAGAUAAUGAUGAAUAUAGAAUUACGUAGGUAUGCAGAAGAAGCAAUGAUGGAUUGUAUAAAGUGGCCUAAAUUGAAUCACUACAUAUUUACACA